AUGGUUGCUUGUAAAAUUAAACCAAAUGCACAAUUAUAUUUAGUUCCAGAAAUUAAUUCAGUUCUUGAAGAUAAAAAUAAUUUAAAUAAUCUUACAAUUCUUCAAAUACCUGGUGAAAUUAAUGAACAACUUUUAGAAAAUAAUUUAAUUAUUGCGGUUGUUUAUUUUGUGUUUGGAAGUGUUCAAAAUAGAGAAAUUUUUGGCGAGCCUUACAUUACAAUUUUGAAUAGAGAUUUAGGUUCAGGUCAUUUAAGUUUUGAAAUAAUGAAGGAAGGAGCUUUUCUUCUUCCAAAACUUUUCUACAAAAUGAAUGCUGGUUUUACACUUUAUUUACAAAAUUCUGAUGGAUCUUUUUCUAGAAUUGACCCUAUAAUUGAAAAACCUCUUUUUAAUGAAUAUGUUAACAAGUAA